ACCAUAUUUAAGAGUUAUCGUAUCCCUUAGCAUAAUUCCUAACUCGUAGUAAGAUUCUUUCUCGGAAAAUCCGCAAUAAACAAACUUUCCCAAGAAAAUAAUAACUUAGCAAAAAGAAUGUGCGGUGGUGCCAUAAUCUCCGACUGCAUACCCCCACUCCGAUCAUCCCGUCGACUCACCGCCGACUUGUUAUGGGGUUGCUCCGAUCUGAACCAAAAGAAGAAUCCUUUUAAUUACCAAUACUCAAAGCCGUUGAGAUCUGAGGUUGUUGAUUUAGAUUAUGAUUUUGAGGCUGACUUUCAGGACUUCAAGGAUUGCUCUGAUGAUGAUGAGGACUCUUACAAGGUGGACGGACUCAAGCCAUUUGCUUUUUCUGCUCCUGAACAGUCUGGAGCUUCUGUUGGCUCCAAAUCCUUGAAAUCUGUUGAUUUAGACAAGGAAGUUGAGAAGUCUUCCAAGAGAAAGAGGAAGAAUCAGUAUAGGGGGAUCAGACAGCGUCCUUGGGGUAAGUGGGCAGCCGAAAUACGUGAUCCACAGAAAGGGGUCCGAGUCUGGCUUGGAACUUUCAAUACUGCAGAAGAAGCUGCCAGAGCGUAUGAUAUUGAAGCUCGGCGGAUCAGAGGCAAGAAAGCUAAGGUAAACUUUCCUGAUGAAGCUCCAGUGCCUGUCUCGAGGCAGGCUGGUAAGAUAAAUCCUCGGAAGGAGCUCUCUAACCCUGUUCUGUGCGACACCACUUUUGUGAACAACUUGGACUUUGGAUGUUAUGAUAACUUGGGCUUUUUUGAAGAGAAACCAACAAAACAUCUUGGCUAUCAAGAUUUGUGCCCUACUCCUGGAGAUAUGGGGCCUAACUCAUAUGUCCCUCCAGCUGCUGCUGGUGCUUACUUCAAUUCUGACCAAGGAAGUAACUCUUUUGAACCUUCAGAUUUUGGCUGGGGAGAAACGUGUUCAAGGACUCCAGAAAUAUCAUCUGUUCUGUCAGCUGCUGUAGAAAGUGAUGAAGCUCAAUUUGUUGAAGGUGCCUGCCCAGAGGAAAAACUUAAAUCUUGUUCCAACAUUUCAGCGCCUAACGAUGGGAACACAGCCCCCAAGCUAUCUGAAGAGCUUUCAACUUUUGAAUCCCAGAUGAAUUUCUUCCAAACCCAACAAUCGGAGGGAAAUUUGGAUGCAUCAGUUGAUGCCUUCCUCAAUGCAGAUGCAACUCAGGAUGUUGAAAAUGAAAUGGACCUUUGGUUCUUUGAUGAGCUUUCUUCUCUAAUGAGAGGUGUCUACUAAGCUAAGAAUGCUUCUAUGGGGACUCUUUGUAAAUAAAGCUUCACAUGAGUGAAGUUCUCUCGUCUCUCCUCUCGAAGCAAGACUGAGUUACUUGCUGUAAGCAUUUAUUUAAAACUUACCAGUUUGAUCUGUGUUUCGUUCUUCUUUUAGGCGUCUCUGGAGCAGGAGGAUGGCAAAGCAUUCAAGCGAUGAGUAGAUGUUGGUUAUAGACCAAUAGAUAGGUAAUUAGGUUAUUAACAACUGUAGAGAACAACGUGAAGAUUUCAACUUGGUUAUUUGCUAUGGCAAGUUGCUUUACAUGGUCUGUUCUUUGUAUUCAUUGUUAUGCAUAUGCUGGCUAAAUAUAGUUCACCUAGCCUGCUUGUCUGUGAGACUGACUGUAUUACAAUGCAUUUUGUUGGCUAUAGCAGUCCUGCAACAGAAAUUAAUUAAUGUAAGUGGAUGAUUUAAGCCGUAAAGGUUGAAAGCAGAGAUGCACGAUCUUUUGAUCGAUUAAGAAUUGAA